AUGCUCGCUGCGGACCCCGCACAGCGCUCUCCGUCUCCUCGGAGAGAUGCUGCAGAACUUCGAGCUUACCUGAAAUCCAAAGGAGCAGAAAUCUCUGAAGAAAAUGCUGAAGGUGGUCUUCAUGUGGACUUGGCACAAAUUAUUGAAGUUUGUGAUGUGUGCCUGAAAGAGGAUGACAAAGAUGUUGAGAGCGUGAUGAACAGCGUAGUCUCUUUGCUGCUUAUCCUGGAACCUGACAAACAAGAAGCACUGAUUGAAAGCCUGUGUGAGAAGUUAGUAAAAUUUCGGGAAGGAGAGCGCCCAUCUCUUAGAUUGCAGUUACUGAGCAAUCUCUUCCAUGGUAUGGAUAAGAACACUCCUGUGAGAUACACAGUGUACUGCAGCCUUCUGAAAGUCGCCUCAUCAUGUGGUGCCAUCCAGUACAUUCCAACUGAACUAGAUCAGGUCCGAAAAUGGAUUUCUGACUGGAAUCUCAGCACAGAGAAAAAGCAUACUCUCCUGAGACUGCUGUAUGAUGUCCUAGUAGACUGCAAAAAAAGUGACACUGCGGCAAAAGUAAUGGUGGAACUGCUGGGAAGUUACACGGAGGACAAUGCUUCCCAGGCUAGAGUUGAUGCUCACAGAUGUAUCGUACGAGCAUUGAAGGAUCCAAAUACCUUUCUCUUUGAUCAUCUUCUUGCCUUAAAACCAGUCAAAUUUUUGGAAGGAGAACUUAUUCAUGAUCUUUUGACGAUUUUUGUAAGUGCUAAACUAGCUUCCUAUGUCAAGUUUUAUCAGAACAACAAAGACUUCAUUGACUCCCUUGGCUUGUUGCAUGAACACAAUAUGGCAAAAAUGAGGCUACUUACUUUCAUGGGAAUGGCUGUCGAGAAUAAAGAAAUAUCAUUUGAGACAAUGCAACAGGAACUUCAGAUCGGAGCUGAUGAUGUAGAAGCAUUUGUUAUUGAUGCUGUAAAGACAAAGAUGGUAUACUGCAAAAUAGAUCAGACACAGAGGAAAGUAGUUGUCAGUCACAGCACACAUCGGACUUUUGGAAAGCAGCAGUGGCAGCAAUUGUAUGACACUCUAAACACCUGGAAACAAAAUUUGAAUCAAGUGAAAAACAGUCUCCUCAGUCUCUCAGACACCUAAAAAUAUUUUCAUCUAGUAAUGUCACUAUAGAUGAAAUUUAUUCAAAACCUUGACAAUUUGUGAAUGUUUGCAAAAUGUAUGCAAUUGGUUUAAAGGAGCUAAAUAUUCUAAAUGGCAACAUAAAAGAAGCAAUAAAACUAAACAUGGGAAAA